AUGCACGGGCGCGUCAAGGUACGAUCGACGGAGGAGCAGGAGGCACUCAAGGAGUUGGAGCGUCAGAAAAAGUGCAAGGGUUAUUUGGUACUGCGCAACGCACUUUUUGCCAAACGCAAUGCACAGGUCCACGACCGUGAUGGGUUGCAGCUCAGUGAGCAAAUCCUGCUCCUAAACCCCGAUUUUACCACGGUCUUCGCGUACCGUCGGGAGACCCUGUUGGCCCUCCUGGCGAGUGACGAACCCGUCGACUGGGCAGCCGAGCGUGAGUUUACAACGGCCUGUUUGAAGCGCAACCCCAAGUCAUACAACUGCUGGCACCAUCGACGCUGGAUCUUGAACCAGGAGGCUGAGCCUCAAGCCGAGGCAGAGCUUGAACUUUGUACGCUUUUCCUCAAGCACGACGAACGAAACUUUCACUGCUGGGACUAUCGUCGCUUUGUGGUUGAGAAAUUGGACCGUCAUGAUGCCGUGGCAACUGAGCUGGCCUACACUGAAGAUAAAAUAUCGCACAACUACUCCAAUUACUCGGCGUGGCACAAUCGCAGUAACCUCUUGCUGCAGUUUCACGGGGUCACCGAACCAGCUCAACUAGCCACAGAGGCGCUCGACGCCGAACUCGAACUAUUGACCAAUGCCUUUUACAUUGACCCGCAGGACCAGAGCGCCUGGUACUAUCAUCGCUGGCUUUUGGGACGCGCC